AAGUCGGGUGCAGCCAGUUCAGUCUUCUCUCUCUCUCUCUUCUUUAACUUUUUUUUUUUGCGCUCGUCCCAGCUGCUGCAUCCAACAUUCAUUCUUCCUUAUAAACUGCCACUCACUCAAACAGGCAAACAACAGCAACAACAACCAGCUCAACUGCCCCCCUGCAAGAUGCUCAACCUCACCAAGUUCGCCGAAGAGGAUGAAGGGGAGGAAGAGUUGGAGAUCAGGAAGAACCACAAACGAUCUGAAUGGGCAAAGGGCAAACUCACUAGAGCUCAACCCAGCGAGAAUUGGGACGAUGACUUCCUAUUCGGAUCUGCCUCAGCCGAAUCACUCCCACUACCAACCACCAAGAACACCGAUCUCCAUAAUAAGAAACCUGGCUCAGCUCAAUCUACUAGCAACAACAACAACAACAACAACCCAUCGAGAUCAUAUCCGAGAACUACUACUAAUACUAGACCCAGGAAGACUCAUAACCCAGACCCAACACUCGUACUACAACCAUCGCAGGACUCACUCACUCCACGAAAGACUCGUCCAAGACAAUCAACUACAACAAUCACUCAAUCAUCAACAGCACCACCACCACCAGCCCAUCUCUUCAACACCUCUCGUUCAUCCCCUGCUCGUUGUCGUCCUGCCCUCUCUCGUCCACCCGCAUCAGCACCCCCUUCCCGCGGCCAAUCUGUUGACGUUGACUCACGGCAUCCCAGGCAGGCUCCCAUCAGGACCUCAUCCUGUAGCUCGAGUUGUUCCGGUAAUCUUGGCUAUUAUCAUAGUGGUUCCGAGUCUUACGAUCCAGCUACAUCGGGUACCGAGACCGAUGGCCUCUCGGAUCAUUUCACCUGCGACGACGAUUUAUACCAAUCCAUAACAAGUCCAUCCUCCUCCGAUCCCAAUCGGAACACUCCCACCGUCUGUCAAAGGUCCCGUAAACAAGCACUCUAUUCAAGACCUUCCUACGCCAGUCCAUCUCCAGGAUCAUCCCUAACCGGUUCAAUCAGCACCUCCACCCUCAACGCGUCCGAGUGCAGUCUUGAUACGCGAAUCGCUGGCUUAUCCUUGAUCAACACGAGCACCAGCUCGAAUCCUCAACAUCCCUCUGGUGCCACCGAGGAUGAGAAGUCUACUGGUAAGAACCCAAGCCGAAGGAGGUUCCGGAGAAAGCGACCCUCCACCCUGCUUCUUAACAAGGCCACUGGUCCUUCUCACCCAGGAGCCGACAGUCCCACAUUACACCGAUCUCCUACCACAGCUCUAUCGCACAAAGCCAGUUCAUCACUCUCUGGCCAUCCCCAAGAAUGUUCUCAGCCCGGGGACCUUGCUUUUGCUGCCGAUUCAGACGCCGAGGAGCGCCGACAGAGCCGGUCAAGCGUUGCCCAUCGCCAGGCCCCUCCGGUCGAAUCGCGCAAAAGGGUCGAUCAGCCCCAAUCUCAUACUCCACCACGCAUCCCGUUGUCCGGAUAUCGCGGCCUCAACACACGAAGUCGUUCGACCAUCAAUCGUCCUCAUACAUCCACACAAGUUCGAAACGAAAACAAACAGUGUCUGUCACCGCCUGAUACCACGUCUGACGACAGCUCCGGGAAGAUCUUCAACCCUAAAAGGCCCUUAUCCUUUACCGCCUUGUUCUCUCGAGGCUCAACAAACAGUACAUCCGCACCGCCAGUUAACCCUCCAAUGACUGCCAAAACUAGCAAUCAGAGUCAGCAGCUCUCUAGGAGCUGCUUCAAGCACCGAUAUAGUACCUCUAUUGACUCGAAUACUCACCGCUUAGGCUCAUCUCCUAAUUCACACACCUCCAACGACAGCAUUCUUUCGAGGGUCAGGCGACUGUCCUCUCGACCGGCCCCGCAUCCCAAAAACUCUUCCCCUAUCAGUCCUACCCGUAAACGAUUUUCCCUGGCUGGUGACACCUCUAGUAGGCGUUCCCUCCACACCGGACCUCCGGCUUCGUCAGGCAAAGUUAUGGCGACGCCCCUCAAAGCUUUCAAAGCUGCAAACGACAGAUUUUCAACCGCACUGAAAUCAAACAGAAGGCAGACCAGUCAGAGCGACAGUUUUGUUAGCGAUGUGACCCUGACCGCCGUAGACUCUUACGGAACCGUUCGCGCCCGUCGACCCUCCUCUCGAGCUUCCUGCUCAAACUCGAGCAUCAUGAGCAGCACCCAACCCAGCCUGACUCGCAAAUUUUCGAUCCGAUCUAACAACAAGAGCAGUAUCAACGAGCCUGACCUCUGUCAUUCACCCACCGAUAAUCACAUCGAUCAUGAUCUCGCCUCAGCCACCCAAUCGCGCUUCCCCUCCCGACGUACUCUACCAUCCAAGCCCCCAAAGAGCAACCCUGCCCUACGGGCUAGGGCCGAGGCCAACGCUCAGCUUCAGGGCUACCGAAUCAAGCCGUCACAUUCCUCGCUCUCACAGCAAGAACCUCCUGAAUCCCACCCUCCAGCCACCAACGCCUUCGAUGUCAGCCCCACCUCGUCUGCGUGGGGCGCGCGGUAUCCAUAUGCGCGCGUCCUCUCCAACCCUCUGGUACCAAACUCCGAACCCUUGCCCACUACCAUUUCCGACGUAGAACAUGAUACACAUGUCUCUAAUCAUCUUGCCCAUAUCGGGAACUUGCCCCAACCCACUAAUCUGACUCGCAGUAACAGUAUGGGUGAACUUCGCAUUCCUUCUAGGAUCACUUCCCAACAAGGCAGGCUGCAAACUGAGCUUAAUCAGGUUAAGGAAUUUGCUAGAGGGAUUGACGAAUUGAAAACCAUGAGACGAACGUACCGUAAGAUGAUCCGAGCGACACAUCACUCAAAAAUUGACCAGAGUAUUGUGACUACGGAUGAGUCAGACGUGAACUCGAGUGAUUCGGAUUCUUUGAAGGAGCCAGAACCACUGCCGGAUCGACCACGCCAGGAAGAAGUCGAGCGAUCGGUAGAGAAUCCCAAUCAAGUCAGUCCACGCGCGCUAGAACGACUGUACACGGUCAUUCAAAAGAUUCAGGAGGAAUACAAGGAGUGGUGGACGUGCUGUAACGUGUUAAUCGAUCUGGGUGAAGGCUCGAAGGAUCCCCGGAACAACCUCUCGAGCGAACGUCUCCGGUCACUCACUUCCUACUCGCAAGAGACUCUGGAGCACUCCCUCGAGUCCGUCCCGCCGGUGACCACGGUCACAGCCCCGGAGGCCAAGCCCGGUGCACAGAAACACUUUGAGAUCCUCAAGAGCAUGUUCGCGCCUGGUGGAGCAGAGUCUACCCCGCCACCGGCCUCGGCCUCAUCGUCAGAGCAGACUAGCCCGGGCAGUCCUGCUUCCGGGCUCCCUUCAGAGCCCGUGCGCUGUCAGACGCCACCCAUGGCCGCCCCACUCGACGUCGACUCGGGCGAUAAAACCCCGAUUUCGCGGCCGGUCCCGGCUAUCGCCGAACCGUCGGUCGUCCGCCAGCUAGAGACCCCCACACCAGCGCCGCGCAAAGUCCACAGCAUCGAGCUGGCCUCAAGUACGAUGAGGAGCAUAGAUGAAUCGCAGGCGGACGAGGGACGGUUGAGUGACUGGAGCGAGAUUGACGCGACCUGGAACGACACCCUUGUCGACAAACUCGUCCCCAAAUCAGCCCCCGCCAUCCCUCAUGACCGCUCCUCCUCUAAACUCGACCUCAACGGUCUUCCAGCUAUCAUCAAAGAUAAACGCAAGGCACAUUCGGGCAGGUAUUCUAGCUAUCAUAACCACCAUCCGCUCCCUCAACCCAGCGUUGCGCUUGGCCUUCAUUCCCAGAGACCUAGGGUUCUGGCUGGAAGUCGGAUCGGCAUCAGUGGGAUCAAAGAUUUCUUGAAGGUUCUCAAGGCGCGUGUUCAUGCUGAAGAGAAAUGGCCGAUCAAGCGGAACGUUGUCCCCGGGCCUGCCGGUCAGAACUCAUUAUCAGUAGUCCUGGGAGACAAUGAGGGCGAUAAUGGAGGGUUUAAACGAGGCACGGUCCGGAGUCAGAAAAAGGGCCAGACUAAAAAGGCGGGCAACGGUCCGAAGUCGUCUUCGUCCACAACGACGAUAGCGACGAGCAUGAAGGGCAGGGGAGAGGAGAAGAGGACGCUGGACACUCCCGGGUCGGUGGGUGUCCUAGAGCAAGACAAUUUGUCGGCCGAUCAAUCAAUCGAACAGACCGAAUCGGUCUCCUCUUCCGAAGAAGAAUGUUGGGACGAGUUGUUCGGAUUCAACCAAAACAGCAACAACAACAACAACAACACGACGACGACGACUUCGGAGUCGCUCGACUUGGCUCUUCCUCCGCAACUGCUCACUAGUACUCUGGCCAAGAAAAAGCUCGGGCCUAAUUCGUUCGGCGCCGCGUCCGCCGCCGCCCUCAGUAUCGCCUCCGCUGGCGAGGCUCGGCUCGCACUCUCUUCUGAUCGGAUGCCCCAGCUUCUGUCGUAUCUUAACGUUGUUAAAGAUAUGUGUGCUGGGUGCUUGGAUGAACUUAAAAGUCAAACUGUUUGA